AAACCAGCUGGCUCGGCGUGAUUCACUUCAAGGAAAGGAUCUGGUGGGUGCGAGUGGCUGCUGCAUAAUUCUCCUUAAAAAAACAAUAUUCGAUGAUCAUUUCUUGAGACAUUUGCCAGCUGAAUCGAAAGAACUACUGUUUCUUUCUCAGACACUAAUGCCACACCCAAGAAUUUGUUUUAAUCAAAAAUCGAAUGAGUUGUGGAAAAACCGGUAGUGUACCAUGGCCAACGAUGCCCAUUGGUGGGCCAACGCUGACAUCACAGCAGACAUCUAUGCCAGCAUGAAGCGCAAGGAGGAGCAACACAUCGUCUUCGUGGGUCAGUCGCCCCAGCUGCACCUCCGCCGCUACCUGGUGGACUGGAUGGCCAUCCUGUGCGAGAAGUUUGAGAUUGACCGGCACGUCCUGCACCUCGCCGUCUACAUGCUGGACCGGUUCAUGGAUCGCUACGCCAUCGUCCAGGAGUCCCAGCUGCAUCUGCUGGCGUUCACCUGCCUGCAGAUUUCAACCAAAUUUGAGGAGCGUGAGGAGAAAGUGUCCAAGCUCAGCACCUACCACGGCCAGUCCACGAUAACCUCCGCCAACAAGGAGGACUACCUGCAGAUGGAGCUGCUGCUGCUGCAGUUCUUUGACUGGAAUAUCACCGCGCCCAGCGCGGCUCACUUCCUGGGCUACUUCCUGACCGAGGCGUCCGGGAAGUGCGAGAAGUCCUUCCGCAAUGACUACCGCGACGACUGCAGCGAGUACUCCAACGUCUACAUGCACAAGUACACCAACUACUUUCUGGAAAUCAGCUUACAAGAUCAUGCCUUUUCCUUCGCCAAGCCUUCGUUGAUAGCGGCCUCCUGUAUUGCAGCCUCCAGGGUAUGCCUUCAGCUGUCGCCCACGUGGACGGCCGGCCUGACAAAGAUCACACAGUACAAGUGGGAGCACAUAGGACCCUACAUAGAGCGAAUGCUGAGGACUCAUGAUGUAGACGAGAAGGCAGCGAAACUCCAAUCGAAGGAGAAGACAAACUACAGCAGCGAGAAGACUAUAAGCUACUGCGGCGAGGCAGCAGUCAGCUACAGCAGGGCUCUUUGAUGACACGGAAGGCCGGAAAAAAUUUGGCCAAAACUUUCAAAAUUGAACAGCGAUUCAGAAUGAUCUGGACUUGGCAUGGCUGUGAACAGUUUUUCUUUUCUUUUUGUAUUUCUCCCUGAACCCCCCCCCCCCUCAAAAAGUUGACCCCCCCUCCCAUCAGACAGUGGACCCCCCAAAAAUAAACACCCCAAAAGUUAUAAAAACAUU